AUGCACUUCUCUACCUUCCUCCCCGUUAUGGCCUUCGGUGCCGCCCUUGUCCAGGCUGUCCCUGCUGACGACCUCGUCGCCAGAGGUGCCGUCUGUGUUGACAGCGAUAUGGCUCGUGUCCGCGCUGCCGAGUCUGCUCCCUAUGGCUUCUGUACCAAGUGGAUCGGCGCUUCCACCCACACUUCCUCGCCCAUCAACGGCCUGACCAUGAAGCGUGUCUCGGCUGCUUGCCAGUGCAUCGUCUCCGAGGCCAAGAAGGCUGCCGCCUCUUCCUCCAAGGCUUCGAUGCUCUCUGUUGCCUCCAAGUCCAAGGCUUCUGCCUCUUCUGUCCUCUCGGUCUCCAGAGCCUCAGUCUCUAAGUCCAAGGCUUCGGUUGCCUCGGUCUCCAAGGCUUCGCGUGUCUCGGUCGCCUCUGUCUCCAAGGCUUCUGCCGCCUCUCGCGUCUCGGCCGCCGCCGCUGCCGUCUCCAAGUCCAAGGCCUCUGUUGCCUCUGCCUCUGUUGCUUCCGUCUCCAAGUCGCGCGCCUCUGUUGCCUCGGUCUCCAAGGCCUCUGCCGUCUCGCGUGUUUCGGCCGCUGCCGCUUCUGCCUCCAAGUCCAAGGCUUCGGUCGCUUCCAUCUCUCAGGCUUCCGUUGCCAGCGUCCGCGCCUCUAUCGCUUCCGUCUCCAAGGCUUCGCGCUCAUCUGCCAUGCUUGCUUCUCAGUCCAGCGUCCACAACGUUGCCGCUUCCAAGGCCUCCGUCUCCGCUGCCUCGGUUGCCUCGGCCAAAUCUGUUGCUGCCUCCAACUCCAGAGUCGAUGCUUCUUCCACCAGACUCGCUGCCGUCUCUGCCUCCAAGGCCUCGGCUGCCUCUGUUGCCUCUUCCAUCUCUUCCGUUUCCGCUGCCUCCGCUGCCUCCGCUGCAUCUGCCGCCAAGGUCUCCAGCGUUGCUGCUCGCUCUUCUGCCAACUCUGUCGCUGCUGUUUCUUCCAACUCUGUCGUCUCUGCUUCGCGUGCUUCGGUCUCUGCCGCUCGCGCCUCCGAGGCCUCUGUUGCCAGCUCCCAGUCGGUUGCCUCCAAGGCCUCUGCCUCGUCUGCCAUGUCCGUCUCGCGCGCCUCUGUCGCUUCCGAGUCUCGCGCUUCGGCCUCCGCCUCCAAGGCCUCGGUUGCCUCUGCUUCCCGCGCAUCGGCCUCUGCCUUUGCCACUGCCAUUGUCCCCUUCAACGGCACCACCAACGCCCGUCACUAA